AUGAUUUUUAGUAAAGAUUUUCCCUCUAAUGGCAUACUCUACAAUAAUCAUCCAAUUUCAGUUGUAUCUAACCAUAAAUUCCUGGGUGUUGUCAUUGAUAACAAACUUUGUUUUAAUUUACACAUCAAUCACAUUAUAACUAACUCUCUUAAGGGCUUAAAUAUUAUAAGAUGUUUAGCUGGUGUGACUUGGGGUGCAGACCCCAAAGUUUUAAGUAUGCUAUAUAAAUCUAUAGUCAGAAGCCAUUUCGACUACAGUUGUUUAGCCUACUCAAAUAGUAGUUGUGUAAAAAAACUAGACAUAAUUCAAAACAAAGCUCUGCGAAUUAUUUCUGGGGCUAUGUGUUCAACUCCCAUACGAGCUAUGGAAGUUGAAACCAAAAUAAUGCCACUGUGUCUUAGAAGACUUCUGCUAAUAGAGAGAUAUUUACUAAAGCUGGUAUCUGGUAAUGAUAAUGUUCUCAAAAAAAUAGUACCUUUUCCUUUACAAUGCUCGGUCCAGCAGACUUCGGGAGGUGAGCUUUUACAAGGUUAUUUUCCAGUUUUGCCUCUCAUUGUACAGCAAAUGAAUGAAGAUUUUAAAAAUGUAAUUAAACAAUCAAAGUGGACAUGCUACAUAUACCCAUAUUCCUGUAUUAUAUUUGAGACCAAUAUUGUUACCAAAAAUUUUUUUAAUAAUUGUGAAUUAUUAAGUUUUAUUUCCGACAAUAACUACUAUACUUUGUAUACAGAUGGUAGCAAAAGUGAGCUCUUUGUGCGCAGUGCCGUUUAUGAUUCACAAUGCAAGUUUGGUCAAAGUUUUCUUCUGGACCCUAAAUGCAGUGUUUUCACUGCAGAGGUAUAUGCGGCCCUCGAGGCCCUGAAGAGGAUUGCACAUAUAAAUAGUUUUAAUAAUUUUUUAAUUUUAACAGACAGUUUAAGUAUGGUCCAAAGUUUAACUAAUCUCAGAUUUGACUUUAAAAAAAACUAUAUUUUGUAUAAUAUUAAACAAUUGUUAUUUAGUUAUGCAAAAAAGGGUAUACAGGUCUCUUUCAUGUGGAUUCCAUCACAUAGGGGCAUAACAGGAAAUGAGAUAGUAGAUAAAAUUGCACGUGAUGGAACCAACAUGUUGGAUGUUAGCUCCAUAGUAAAAGUACCUUUGACCGACUGUUAUCAAUCUAUUGACAACCAGGUCAAUAGCUUAUGGGUCGAAUUUUGGAAACAAGAUCAAGAACAGAAGGGUAAAUGGUAUGGAACUGUUCAAGAAAAACUACCUGUAGCACCAUGGUAUAACAAACUGAAAAUGGCCAGUCGGGACUUUGUUACCACUAUAAAUAGACUGCGCUUUGGUCACUCCACCGUCCCGGCCCACCUGGCUCGAUUGGGCAUAGUGGAGAGCAGUUACUGCACCUUCUGCAAUAAUUCUGUUGGUGAUAUCGAACAUUUCAUAUUUACAUGUGAGUGCUUUUCAUUUGACAGAUUGAUUCUUGUCAGUGAAAUUAGUGACAUAGUGCAAAAUCAAGUGACAGUGCAAGAUCCCUCCCGCCGCCUGAGCAACUGUCCUACGCCUGGUGAUAUGUUAAAAAAUAGAUCCUAUUACGUGCCUCUAUAUAAAUUCAUCAAAAAUACAGUGGGGAAAUUAUAA